AUGACCGUCGUGGCCAAGGGCGAUGCCCCUCCCCCGCCAUCCCAGGAGGAAGUUUCCGCCUUCCUGAACUCGAUCUUCACCGCAACCACCUCCGCCGCCUCUGUCGAUGCCGCCUACGGUCUUUGCGAAGUCCUGAACAACACGGUCGGAUACCAGGGUCUGACCCAUUAUGGCAUUCUCGCCGAGAUCAAGAAGGCUGCCGCCAACAAGAAGUCCCCUCAGCUUCGCGAGUGCGCUCAGAAUCUCUUGGGUGCCCUCUUUGAGCGCAUACCCCCCAAGUCGCCUCUGAGCGAGGUUGUUUUCCUUGUUGAGGAUAGCAGCCUGGUACCUUGCGCUCUCGAUGCCCUGUCCGACAAGGGCUCCGUCGUCCGCGAGUCUGCCCAAUAUGCGCUGGACGCUCUCUUCAACAACCUGAGCCCUGAGGCUCUCGUUGUCGGUCUAUUGCCCGUCCUCCACGCCUACCUGUCAAAGAGGACCGGAAAAUGGCAGGGAACAGCUGCUGCCUUCCUCUUGCUCCAGAAGGUCGCCGACAAGGCCAAGCAGACUGUCGGCUCCACGCAGGAGCAGGCUGAAGAGCAAGAUGUCCUCCGCGAGGCCAUCGGAACCAAGCUCGCUGGCCUCAUUCCCAUCGUUGAGGGCGGCAUGCACGACCUCAAGACCGAGGUCGAGAAGCAGGCUGUCCUGACCAUGACCGCGCUCACCGCACUCCUUUCCAACGACGAUGUCGCUCCUCGCGUUCCCCUCCUCAUCGAGACUAUGCACCACCCCUCGACCGAGACUCUCCGCAAGGCCAUCCAUGCGCUGUCCAUGACAACCUUUGUUGCCAUCGUCACCUCUCCCGUCCUUGCUCUCUUGACGCCCCUGUUGGAGCGUUCCCUCAACACCCCCAGUACCGCUCAGGAGGUUCUCCGCCAGACUGUUGUCGUCGUUGAGAACUUGACAAAGCUGGUCCACGACCCGAUCGAGGCCAGAACCUUCCUGCCCAAGUUACAGCCUGGCGUCAAGGGUGUCUACGACCGCGCCUCCCUCCCCGAGGUCCGAGAGCUGGCUAAGAGAGCGCUGGACGUUAUCGAGAAGGCCAUGGGUGACGACACGGAUGUCAUUGAGCGUGUUUCUGGCGAGGACGUUGGCAAGAUCCUCGAUGCCGAGAUCAAGAAGAGCGGAGGCCUUGCGGCAACCGACAUUUACAAGCUGGCCCGCACCUACAUCUGCGAUCAGGUUGCUGAGGACGUAAACCACCGUUUCGUUCAGCGCAUCUCUGCGCGCAUCGCGCCUUACCUGCAGGCGUUGACGCCGGGUUCCAACACUGCCAUCGCUGAGAGCGUUCAGAGAUACUACGUUGAGGAGGACGAGCGCAAAUACGGUGUUCCUGAGAAGGAGGACGAUGGCGAGACGGAGAUUGUCAAUGCCCACUUUUCCCUGGCAUACGGUGGUAUGCUGCUGCUUUCCCACGCCAACCUGAGACUGCUCAAGGGUCACCGCUACGGCCUUUGCGGUCGCAACGGUGCCGGCAAGUCCACACUGAUGCGCAGUAUCGCCAACGGCAAGCUCGAGGGUUUCCCUCCUCAGGAUGUCCUUCGUACCAUCUAUGUCGAACACAACCAGGGCGAGGAUGCCGACAUCAGCAUCUUGGACUUUGUCCUGAAGAAUGAAGAGAUCGCGUCUCGCGGUCGUGCCAAGGUCGUCGAGGUUCUUGAUGAGUUUGGCUUCGGCAGUGGCCCCGACGAGCGCCAGUCGCACAAGGUCGGCUCUCUUUCCGGAGGUUGGAAGAUGAAGCUGGCUUUGGCUCGUGCCAUGCUGAAGGGCGCCGACGUCCUGUUGCUGGACGAACCUACUAACCACUUGGAUGUUGCCAACAUUGCUUGGCUCGAGAACUACCUCAAGACCCACCCCGACAUCACCAGCUUGAUUGUUUCUCACGACUCCGGCUUCCUCGACAACGUCACGACGGAUAUCUACCACUACGAGCCUAAUAAGAAGCUUGCGUGCUACAAGGGUAACCUGGCCAACUUCGUCCAGCUCCGCCCCGAGGCAAAGAGCUACUACACGCUCUCUGCUUCCCAGGUUCAGUUCAAGUUCCCGCCUCCGGGUAUCCUGACUGGUGUCAAGUCCCUGACCCGUGCCAUCAUCCGCAUGACCAACGUCUCAUACCAAUACCCCAAGGCUCCCAAGCCUUCUCUGGCCGAGGUCACUUGCCAGCUUACUCUGUCGUCCAGAGUGGCUAUUAUUGGCCCCAACGGUGCUGGCAAGUCCACUCUCAUCAAGAUCCUCACUGGCGAGGUCAUCCCCAGCACCGGAAAGGUCGAGAAGCACCCCAACUUGCGUAUCGGUUACAUUAAGCAGCACGCCCUCGAGCACGUCGAGAUGCAUCUUGAGAAGACUCCCAACCAGUACUUGCAGUGGCGCUACGCCAACGGUGAUGAUCGCGAGGUCCACAUGAAGCAAACCCGUAUGCUCUCCGACAAGGAUCGCGAACAGAUGGAGAAGCUCAUCGACCUCAAGGAUGGCAAGUCUCCUCGUCAACUUGAGACUAUCGUUGGUCGUCAAAAGUACAAGAAGACCUUCCAAUACGAAAUCAAAUGGCGCGGAUACCUUCCCAAGUAUAACACCCAGGUGUCCCGUGAGACCAUGAUCGAGUGGGGUUUCAACAAGCUCCUCCAAGAGUUCGAUGACCACGAGGCCUCUCGCGAGGGUCUCGGUUACCGAGAGCUCCAACCCACCGUCAUCUCCAAGCACUUUGAGGACCUCGGCCUGGACCCCGAGAUUGCCAACCACAACGAGAUCGGCUCCCUGUCCGGUGGUCAGAAGGUCAAGGUCGUCAUCGCUGGUGCCAUGUGGAACAACCCUCACUUGCUGGUUCUCGAUGAGCCUACUAACUUCUUGGAUCGUGACUCCCUCGGCGGUCUCGCUGUCGCCAUUCGCGAGUUCAAGGGCGGCGUCAUCCUCAUUUCCCAUAACGAGGAGUUCGUCGGUGCCCUGUGCUCUGAGCAGUGGCACGUCAACGACGGCCGUGUCGCCCUCCGCGGCAACGCCGCCAUCAACCUCGGCUCCUUCGAGGACAACAGCGCGCCCGGAAGCGCCUUGGCUUCCACCGCCGUCUCCUCCGUCGCCAACAGUGCCGUCAACAGCGCCGUCAACUCGGGCGCCGAGGACAACUCGGAAAUGAAGUUCCGCUCCAGGAAGAAGAAGAAGAAGACCAAGAAGGAGCUCAAGGAGCAGGAGGUCCGUCGCCGCCUCAGACACAUUGAGUGGCUCAACAGCCCCAAGGGAACACCCCACCCUCUCGACACGGACGACGAGGAAUAA